AUGCAGAUGCUCAACUAUGGCCUGAACCGGACAUGGUGGAAGCAGAGAGAUGAUUUAGGAGGUCAGUGCAAUCAUCCUGAUGAAGGGUGGUGGUGGUUCAUCCCCAGUGGUAGCAGCCCAAAUGGCCCACAUCAGGUCUACCAAGGAGACUAUGCCUUCACCAAUAGCUUACUCUCAGAGAUCAUUUUAACAGGGGUUCCAUACCCAGAGCAGAUUUCCGGACCUGCAGAAAGAGAAGGGAGAGCAGGGAGGUCACCAGCUUUCGUAGGCAGGAAAGUGGCGGAGCCGUACAGGACCUGUUUCACUGCAGGGGGAUCCAAAACAAGCCCCGUGGAGCAGCAGCCAGAGCGACAGCAGCCGCAAGACACUGUUUCUCUCCCUCUGCCCCCCCUUCCCCACGCAACCCCAGAUCCAUUUACACUUUACAGAGGAUCGUGCAGCAAAUCACCAGGGUGGUCCAUUCAAGCUGCAGAUUUGUCUGUCAUCUUUGGACAGCAGGCUCGUCCUCCGCAGCCACUGCAGGAAAGUGCAUCACCCAUCAGGUCACAGAGAGCGCUGGUGGACAUCUCUCCUUGCCCCAAGAUCUUCGGUGGAAGUCCACGGGACUUGGUGUCUGUGCCGUUCAAAGUAUAUAUGAACUCGCCAGGAGGCAUAAUGCGUCACCAUUUAAUUCUGGGCCACCCUAAAGGAUGACACCCAGCUUCAGAGACCACCUCUUGGACAUCAUCCCCGAGAUCCAGUGUUUUAGCUCCCCAUUGUCUGAAAUCCGUUUCUGACCGCGUUUGAGCUGCCUUAGGCUUAGGCAUUCAGUGGCCAGUACCAUGUUGCAGCUCCACACCUUUUGUCCCUUUCAGAGCAGCAGCUCGCUCUGAGCUCUUGUUGAGUCUUUUACGCAGAUAUGCUAGAAAACAGGCACCAACCCAUUCUUCCCAUCUUGGCAUUUGCCCACAAGCCUAGUCCUGGGAUGACCUGGAGCGGAGAGGCAGUGGAGGAUAAAUUCAUCUUGUACAGACUUGUUGCUGCUAGUUCUAGCCUGUCUCUCGCCACAGAUCUAGCUUUUAAAUCCUCAAGUGAUUGGUUUUGUGUAGGAAUGUGUGGAUUGUUGGAUCGCAAUAAUUUUCUCCCUGAAUUUCUAGUGUUUAUAUAAGCAGAUGUAUAUUAAAAAAGUUCUAUCAUUGGUGUAAACAGCAGGGCCUAUUUUUAAUAGUUACAGGUGCUUAAAGAUGGUGCAGAAUAAAAAUGUAAGGUGUUUUUUUUUUUAAUUGCAAGUUGUGACACAACCAAAAGUCUGUAUUAAUGUUUUGCCAGGAAAGGGUCAACACGGAAAAUUUGCAACAAAGACAAACUAGAAUAGAACCAGUGCAAACAGAAGCUGACAAAUAUAUGCCCCAUGUUGGGAGUUCAGCCCCUGGAAUGUUAUGUAGGACAAAAGGAAUGGAAGAGGUAUUUCAGUAACAUUUUGUUCUGUGUCAAAAACCUUGUGAAAUAUAAAUCUGCUGUGUAUUGGAGAAUGGAUACAGCAAUUGAUUUAGGUUGAAUAGCUUUCAUUUAACUAGAAUAUCCCCACAGAAAGCCGUUCUUGUUCUGACAACCAUAGUUUUGUUUUUCUUGACUUAACGAAAAUUGAAUUCAUGUUUACAUAUUUUAUAGGAUUGUUUUAUGGACAAAGACACAGGUCAAAUCCCAUCCCAGCACAGUGGCUAUUGUUAUAGCAAAUAGAAACAUUUCUAACUGAAAUAAAAACCAUUUCUAAGCCAUGGCCUGUGGCCCAUAGUAAUCAUACGACAUUGGUGUUAUGAAACCGUUUGCAACUAUCAAUAAUUCAGUCGUAGAUGUGCUUUUUUUCUAAUUCUGUUUUUAAAAAAUAUUCUAGUCUCUUGCCAACACACAUACCCAUGCAUAUACUUCACUGAUUUGCAUAGUAGAGAAGGAAGAAUAUGAAUAUGUAUAAUAGGAGUCAACUUUAUUUUGGACUUUCUGGAACAGAUCACUUUUUUUUCCUCCACAUGAUGGCUCCGUGAAUUGCUUCCAAUUAUUGAACUUUCAUAAUUGCCCACAACUCUGUGUCCUUCUAAGGGUCUUGCCAUGUUAACCAACCCAGCCAAAAGCUUGUAGCCAGUGAUAGUGGUUUAAGAAGCUGAACUUCAGAAUACCCCUGCAAAGGGUAUUCUGUUAUUCUCCAUUUCUACACUUCUCAAGAAGAAAUUAGGUGCUUGUUGUUUAGUUUUUUCAAUUCCCAGAUCAUUCUGGCAUUGAUCUUGGACUCAUUUGCAAACUAUUACUCCUGAAACAUUUUGGCUCUCUGUGGCCUAUGGUUCAGUAGAAUCUGAGGUUUUCCAGGUACAUCAAAGACUUCAAUUUUAGGGAAAUUAAUGAAAAGAAAACUUCUCUAGGAAUAAAUGUCUUUUAGGUUUUAGCGCUAUUCUCCCUUCAAGGUUCUUAACUGGAUGCCUUAUAUUUUAUUUCCUUUCUGUAUUUAUACUAAUUCGCUACUUGGGUUUACUGUUUUCUAUUUGGAAACAGCUUUUAAAAAGUAACACAGAGCUUAAAAAUAUAAAACAGUUCCAACCUGCUCCAUUCUUACCUUGACUAUCUUUUCUGCCUUGUUGCUAGACCACUGCUUCUCUUUCUACUUCUCUUCUGGGAUUUUAUCUUGCUCAGCGAUUCUAGUGUGUGAUUCUGAAUUCUAUGGUUUGAGUUUCCUGACCAACUUCUCUUUGCAUCUGAGUCUAUUUCCUGUGCGUAAAGCUUUGGCAUUCCAUUCUCUGAUCCUAGUCAAAAGUGAAACUUUUAGUGCUAAUAAGAUUAGUCCUUGCGACACUAUUAAUUCUUUACUCUCCAUUUCUCACUCCAUUGUUAUUUCUCAAAGGCCAACAUUUCUUUGUCAUUAAGAACGUCAUUAGGAGAUGGUAACUACACUUGAUGUGAUUUCACAGUGUGUACAGAUCUUGAACCAUGAUGUUGUACACCUGAAACGAAUGUAAUGUUUUAUGUCAGUGAUACCUCAAUUUUUAAAAAAAGAGGAGAAUAAAAAGACUUCAUUUUGGUGUCACUUCCUUAAGACCUCCUGGACUUUUGUUUUACUGAUAACACUCCACAGCUUCGAACUGCAGGAACCAUCAACAGGUCUUCGACAAAUUAGUUGUCCCUACACAUGGUUUACAAUAUUACACUUGCUGUCUAAAAAUAAUUAAGCUUCUCUCAGUGUUCUUUGCUGUGGGUCAGGAACUUUAUUUGCUUUGCCAUCCAACACAGAAGUUAAUCACAAAUGGGUCCUCUGAACCAAAUAAUUAAAAAUAGAGCAAAGUUUCUGAACCAGGCGGCUGGCAGAAAAGUCUGUACUUCCAUCUGUGCAUGGUUAGGGAAAUAUUUCAUGAUACUGAAAUAGCAUCAGCCUUGCUCUCUUUUGUGUGAGAGUGUAUCUGUGUGACUGCAUGUCAUUCAGCUCUGAAUGUUUGUUUGACAGUUAGCUAAUCUUAUAUAUAUAUAUAUGUAUAUGUAUAAAAGUCACUGGCAAAGAAACAGGAAAGCAAAUCCAGGUGUUCUGUGCAUACAUUCUUUCUUUGCUGGUUUCUGUGAAGGGAGAAUGGUCUUGCUCUUGCUUUUCUGUUUAGUGAAAGUUUUCUCUAAGCAUGUGCUUCAGAAACUUAAAGAGCAUUACAUUUUGACUUGAAAAUCUUUAUGUCUUUUGAUUCUCUGUCUAUGAAUAACCUUUGCUGAUAACUUUUAUUUUUUUUUGUGGUACGCGGGCCUCUCACCGUUGUGGCCUCUCCCGUUGCGGAGCACAGGCUCCGGACGCGCAGGCUCAGCGGCCAUGGCUGACGGGCCCAGCCGCUCCGCGGCAUGUGGGAUCUUCCCCGACCGGGGCACGAACCCGUGUCCCCUGCAUCGGCCGGCGGACUCUCAACCACUGCGCCACCAGGGAAGCCCCUUUGUUAAUAACUUUUAGGAGCUGUUCUUAGGUGAAAUGCUGAUGGAUCUGUUUCAGUUUGGAAUAAUGACGGUUAGGAGUUUCUGCUCUCUGGAAGGAGACGUAUGCCUGGAAUAUAUAUCAAACUCAUAAACACUUUAUGACAGAGGUACAGACAUGCAAGUGACUGAUUUUGAGAGAAAUUUAAUCCUUCAGUUUGGAUUUUCCUUUGUUUUCACCAGUAAUCAGUAACUUACCAAAUAUGUUCAGUUUUGGCCAGUUCUAAACCUAUGCUAUGACUUUAAA